AUGAAUCCGUUGUUGGCCAACGCGUUUGCGAAAAAAGCCAAGAAAUCAGCUACCAAACGCAAAUUGAAUACGACCGAAGAUGUGCCAAACGGCCGAGUUGUUGUGCGCACACCAGAACCACAGUCUUUCUCGCAGCCUACGACGUCGACAACGACAGAAACCCACGAUGUGCGCCCCCGUGCAUCGUCUUCCCAGCCCAUGGCACGGCCAGCGAAGCCUCCAGCGAAGAAGUUCCGUGCAGAGUCUCAGCCAGUUGCAGGCAAGCCGCCUUCCACGUCGCACCGUCGUCUCGAGUCUUUGCGGGAAGAAGACGACGCAGCUAACACGUCCGACGCCGACCUUGAACGCGACGUGCGAGCCAUGGAGGACGAGGCCGACAAUCUGCGUCGCGCAUCCCGGGCACAUACCACCAUCGACCCAGGGCUUCUCACCACACCGAACAACAACAAUGCACGGUUCAACUUUCCGAAACCGCCGUCGUCAUCCUCACAAACAACCAAUGCCGGCAAGAAACCAAGCAGUCGAGGGAAACCUCGGUCGAAAUCGACGUUCAUGGACGUGGACACGCAGGUGCCGAUAGCGGAGAACGAGACGCCCCAGAUACAGCGGAACAAGAAGUUGAGGGAGGGUGCGAUGGCUGCUAUCGCUGAGGACGCAGAGGAUGAUGAUAGAAGGGGUGGAAGAUCGAUGGACCGGAGUCAGCAAAACCAGAGACGGAGGAGUUCGUUGUCGCGGGGGAAGAGGAUAAGCACGUCGUUCGAGGCUACAGGUGUCAUUACCCAACCACAUAACUCUGUCUCAGAAGCUAGUUUUUACAAACAUAUCGACGCAGACCUGCCAGAUGUUGAGCGAAUACGACAACUACUGAUAUGGUGCGCAUUACGCGCAGCAGCGAAACCCUCUCUUCCCUCUUCCUCAUCCGCCUCUUCCUCCACCGCGCCGCCCUCCGACCUCCCACCGCUCUCCGCGCAUGCUCAGGCCGCUCUGAAGAAGAUGCAGGACGACUUUGUACGGAUGCUAGCCGAAAAGAAGGUCGACCUGAGUCCUCAUUCAACGGAUCCUCUUCCUCCACCUCCAGAAGGCGUCACACUCCGCGAGAACGAGCAGAACGUGAGGAAUAGGCAGUGGGAGGUGCGGUAUAGCAGUCACAUUCAGAGGGCUCAAGCAGAGGACGAGGCAUGGAAAAAGGUCUCGUACGAAUACGACGCAUACUGCAAGAAGCUUUCGUCAUCGCUCGAGAAACGGAAGCGGGCAUUGCAUCCUCCUUUACCUCCCCCACCGCCAUCGAAAGGGAAAGCCAAAGCUUCAACAGCCGAUGGCGACGUCGAAAUGGAACCGCAAGAGGACGACGACGCAGUGAUGGAGACAUACCUCAAUGCUUACCCCCAACCACACGAACUACCGCCUGCGUUCCAGAAUGGAGCAGAGUUAGCAAGGAGAGUUUUACUUCAGAGUCGACAGCGAUAUCACCCUUCAUCUUCCCGGCCCGCUACAUCCUCGCGACACUCAAUAUCAUCACCAGCGACACCCGACCUCGAAUCCUCCCUCUUAGCUCGCCUACCAACUCUCCAGUUCAAACUCGAUAUGCUCCACACAUACGCCAACCAAGCACGUGCUACGACCGCGAUCUGCGAACGGAUCCUCGACGAGCGAUACCGGCUCCUCAACAAAUCCUUGGAUAGACGGAUGAGGAGUGCGUCUGUACCUCCGAUUUCUGGAGGGAAAGACGCAAAGGGCAAGGGUAAAGGAGCGGAUGAGGGAUCGAGUGCGUCGAGAUCACACGUCCUCACGACUUACAUCCGUCGGUCACCCUCGCCUACACGAACACUCUAUCCUUCAACCACAAUCGCCACUUCUCACUCCGGGCUAUCGAGAGCGCAGUCCGUUCCUCCACCUCCACCGCCGCUACCCUCGACUUCGAAUAUUCCAUCGCCGCAUACAUUGUUACGCGCACUCACGCGGGUGGAUGCUGCACGGCCACCGCAGCAGGUGGGUGAAGCAGCGAGGCGGGCGGCUAGGGAGGUACAGAGGGUGGAGGAGAGUGGGAGAGGUGCGAUUGCGGGUGAGCGGAGGGUUACGGUUUUGCCUAGUAUGGUACCUGGCACACCGCGGCGAGCGGGUGGGGGUAUCCCUGGUACACCUGGACGAAGUCGGACCCCUGCUCGGGAGCCUCGUACGCCUGGCCGGGAACGGACGCCUGCACGAGAGCGGUAA